AUGAGGGAUGAAAGGGGUGAGGUUGUGAAGCAUGCUCAUCUGCUGGGAUUCUUCCGGAGAAUUUGCAGACUACUGUUCCAUCGUAUCCAUCCAGUCUUCGUUUUCGAUGGCGCAACACCCGCACUGAAGAGGCGGACCAUCAUUGCAAGGAGGAGGCGACAGGAAGUUCAGAAUGCCAAGCUUCGAAAGACAGCUGAGAAGCUUCUGAUGAACCAGUUGAAAGUGGCAGCGCUCACGCAGGUUAUUGACAAGGAAAAGCAGGCUGAGGAACAGCGCAAUGGUGCUGGGCCGUCGACGUCUGCCAAGACAGGGAAAAAGUCAGAUGUGGCGGUGGCUUGCGCUGCCAGCAAGGACUCUGAUGGGGAGUCUGCAGACAGCGCAGGGCCAUUUUCUGUUUCUGAUGGGUCGCAGAAUGGAGACAGGGGGGCUCGGGACAGCAGGGCUGGGAAGCUUCCUGGUGGAUUUUUGAUCGAGGAGGACACUACAGGAGCAGUCGAGGAGCAAGCGAAGUGGGCCGAGGGACCUUCGACUUCAAUGGGGGAUCGGCAUCUGAAACAAGCGACUGGGCCAUCCACUCCAGGUGAAAAACCUGGAGCCAGUGGUGCAGGUGAUGAAAAUGGCGAUGAUGGCAUAGACGACAAGGGCCAUGAAUUGGAUGACGAAUUCGAAGAUAUGGACGAUGAUAUGGAAGAUGAUGAGGUGAUCGUUCCAGACGACGUGGUUGACAUUGACCCUGAGGUUCUGUGCACCCUUCCCCCGUCUGUGCAGUAUGACGUGCUGCUGAAGUUGCGGGACCGACAGUUUGGAGAGAACAGGGAGCGGCUUGCGUCGCUGUCAGAGCAGCCUGAGGAAUUCUCUCUUCACCAGAUGAACACGUACCUCAAGUCGACAGAGAUGCGCCGGAAGAUAGAAGGCAUCCGAUCUGACAUUGGCCGUGUUGUGGGGAAGGAUGGGCUCCAGGUGCAGAAAAUCGCAUCAGAAGAAAACCGCGAGUUUGUCCUGCAAACGAACGUGCCUGAGCCCUCGCCUGCAGUAGGGCCUAACUCAACAAAACCGGGGCUGGGGCACCCAGGCAGUGGCCAGCCCCCAGUUGGUGGCACUCUGUCCGAGAUGCUCCAGAAUAACCGACCUGUGGACAAAACACGCCAGACGGAAGAUGAGGCUGGUGGUGACAUGGGAGGUUCAGUGCCGAUCCAGUCUGUGAACAUCGAGUUCGAGCUUCCAGUGCCGGCCCACAGCGAGGAUGAGGGAUUGGAAUGGGAAGAUGUGGGAGCGCAGCAAGAGGUGGAUGUGCCCAAGGCAUCGGGGGACAAAGACCAGCUGCAUCGCAGCCAGCAGCCCCCAAGCAGCUGGAGGGAACGUGCAGCUCAGCGUCAGAAGUAUUGGAGCCUGAGCCACGGCUUCAGAUUCGGGCGGAAGCUUGCGCAGUGGGGCCAGCAUGACGCUGGUGAAGGUGACGGUGUUGACCAGGAUCAAAGCGACGACGGAAUCCAGCCACACAACCUGGAAGAAGAGGAUGAACAGCUGCAGGAGGCCAUACGCCAAAGCCUACAGGAAACUAGCCACCCUGCACCCACCCACAGCCAGUCAGAUUGGCCCCUGACCGUCGAAGCUCUGGAAAGGGAAGACGGGCCACAGCCUGAGCUGUACGCUCCCAGCACCUCCAUACAAGUGCACCAAGAUCCAAUGGCAAUGAACGCCUCUCGGAAACAAGACAGUUCAUCAACGCCAAGCUCGCAGGGAAGGUCUGAAGGGAAGAGAGGCACUCAGGCCAAUGAGACAGCAUCUGUGGACAUGGAGAUUGAGUGGAGUGAUGUGGAGAUAGCAAACGUGUGUGAAAAGCAUCAAACCGGGGGAAGGGUGAGCCCUGUGGCCCCAGUGACAGUUUCAGGUCGCCUUGGGGAACCUGGAAGGGACACAGCUGCACCUUCCAAACGAGGGCACAGUGCUUCGACACUUUUGAAGAUGCACAAUCAAGAUGCAGUUGCACUGAGGAAUUCAAUGGGAGAGGAGCAUAUGACGACUGCAAGCCCGAAACGGCAGCGGAGGCAGAGUGACAGUGGUGGUGAAGUUUCACGCCGGGACGCUACAGCUAAUUCACUUUCAGGCCAAAUGGUGGAGGGAGAGAAUAAGGGAGGCGAUGUACUGGAUGCUCCUGGUGUGGCAGUUGGCGAUGUUGUAACGAUUGAUUUUGAAGAUGGUGGGUCGGAGGCAGAGUGCCUGGACCUUGUGGAGCAGGGUGUGGAGAGCUCAAGGAGCAUUGAUGGGGCUUUAUUGAGGGAACCCGAUCAGGGGUGUGCGGAGGACCGUGAAUUGGUUGAUAUGAUGCAGUCAGCACAGGCGCAGAAAGCACGUGACGAUGGGAGGACGAAUUCGACAGAGCCACAAGCAGCAGCCCUGUUAGGCAGCAGGGAGGAUGCUCCUCGGGCAGCUGCAGAUGUGCAGAUUCAGCAUUCGUUGCAAUCAGUAGGGCUGGGCGACAUUGAUAUGGAUGAUAUGGCCACUGGAGGGGACCUUGGAGAGGAAUGGCAAGGGCUGCAGCGAACUGAUGAGGUCGAUGUUGAGGAACAGCUCUUGGAGCUGGCAUCUGAGGGAAACGCGUUGCGGCAGAAACGUAGCCUCCUUGCGCGCCAUGCCGAGGCACCAACCGCACAGAUGUACGGCGAGUGCCAAGAGCUCCUGCAGAUGUUUGGCUUACCGUACAUCAUCGCCCCCAUGGAGGCGGAGGCCCAGUGCGCCUUCCUGGACUCAGAGGGCCUCGUGGACGGCGUUGUGACUGAUGACAACGACGUCUUCCUGUUCGGCGGCUCCCGCAUCUACCGCAACCUUUUCGAAAACAAGAAGUACGUGGAGGAGUACUGCGCGGCGGACGUCCAGACGGAGCUGGGACUGGACCGGGGCAAGCUCAUGCGGAUCGCGCUGCUGCUGGGGAGCGACUACACGGAGGGCAUUUCCGGAAUCGGGAUUGUGAACGCCAUGGAGGUGGUGAAUGCAUUUCCGGGAGACGACGGCCUGCAGGACUUCAAGAAGUGGCUGCAGUCGCCGGACGAGGAGCUGGUGGCGGCAGCGCAGGCCAGGUGCUGA